GGCCAGACUCCAAUGAAUCUACACAGACCUACCGAGCGACCGAGGGAGCGAGAAAAGCCCGGCGGAGGCACACCAACGGCCUGAAUCCCCAGAAACAGAGCGGUAAACAGGCUCAAAGUGUGACCGGAGAAGUUUUUGUUUUCGGUGUAGCCGCGCUUCUUCCUCGGCUUCACCUCGUUUCUCUCGCAGAAGCCAGUGUGGGAUAGUGAUUGGAGUUGACAAGCCCGCUCCACUACUGUAUCUACCCCCUCCUCCUCCGCCUCCUCUCCCGCUCCACACAACCAGGAAAUCGUCGAGGUGUGCUUCUUUAUCCCGCUUGUGGCUACCCCGUUUGCGGGUGUAGAUGUGUUUUGUUUUCCGUCGUUUUUUUCCCAUUUUUUUUUUAUCCCACUAGUUUUGACUUUUAACGCCGGGCUUCACCUCUGAAGUCAGCCGAAGUUGCCUACGAGGAGAGGGUCUCCACUCUGGCCGAACAAUGAGUGAGUCGAGUAUUUGCCAGGCUCGGGCCACUGUGAUGGUCUAUGACGAUGCCAAUAAGAAGUGGCUUCCGGCAGGCACUGGACCCCAGACCUUCAGCAGAGUCCAGAUCUAUCACAACCCCACCAACAAUGCCUUCAGGAUAGUGGGACGCAAGAUGCAGUCAGACCAGCAGGUGGUAAUAAACUGUCCAAUCGCAAGAGGUCUCAAGUAUAACCAGGCCACACCCAAUUUUCACCAGUGGCGGGAUGCCCGGCAGGUGUGGGGGCUCAACUUUGGCAGCAAGGAGGAUGCUGCUCUAUUUGCCAACGGCAUGGCUCAUGCUCUGGAAGUUCUCGGCUCAAUGGCAGAUGCAGGUUAUGCAACCCUCCCCCGCCCAGUUUCAAAUGGACCUUCUCCAGAAGAACUCGAACAGCAGCGAAGGUUGGAACAGCAGAGGCAGGAACAGCAGGAACGGGAGCGACAGGAGAGGGAAAGACAGGAGCGGGAGCGGCAGGAAAGAGAAAGACUGGAGAGAGAAAGACAAGCUGCUGCAGUCCCUCCUCCUCCAGCCCCACCAAUGGCCCCUGGAGGCCCUCCUCCUCCACCGGCUCCUCCUCCACCCCCUGGCCCUCCCCCAGCUGCUGGCAUCCCUCCUCCUCCUGGACCACCUCCGGCAGGACCUCCACCAGCCCCACCCUUGCCCUCUGCAGGAGGUGAUGGCGGCGGCGGUGGCGGCGGCGGUGGUGGUGGGCUCGGAGGAGCUGGGGGCUUGGCAGCAGCCCUGGCAGGAGCUAAACUCCGUAAAGUAUCCAAGCAGGAGGAUGGAACCCCUGCAGCAGGCAAAACUGACUCCAGCCGCAGCAGCAACUCCUCCAUUGGAGGAGGAGGUGGAGGAGGAGGAGGAGGAGGAGGAGGAGGUUUGAUGGGUGAAAUGAGUGCCAUCUUAGCAAGAAGGAGAAAAGCUGCAGACACUGGAGAGAAGCCACCUGUGAAGACACAAGACAAUGAUGAUUCAGAGCCUCAAGGUCAAAGCGACCCAGUGAGAAGACCGUGGGAGAAGCAGUCUAUGACCAGGAAUAACUCCAUCCCCAAGAGCAUGGACUCCACUCCCUCAUUGUCUCAAAGUUCCAGAGCGAAGGGUGCAAGCAACAAUAAUGAUGCAGGUGGACUGGAUGACUCAGAUUUAGAGAAAAUGAAACAGGAAAUCUUGGAAGAAGUGCGGAAAGAACUACAAAAAGUCAAAGAGGAAAUUAUUGGAGCCUUUAUUCAGGAGCUUCAAAAGAGAAGCACAUAGUUCUGCUGAGUGUCAGGUGUAAUGGAGGGAUGUGAUAGAUGGAGGUGGUUGAGGCCCGUCGAGACCUCUCCUCCACUGCGCCCUCUUAUGUAGCCCAGGGA